AUGCCCCCAAGCCACCUCGACCUCCCACAGCUCUCACACGACCCCGAGCCCGAAACGAACACACUCGCCAUUCUACUUCCGCACCAGGCCUUCUUCGCCCCUGCGUCCCUCCAGAUUCUGCGCGAUGCCUUCGGCGCGUACGGAACGCUCGCUCACUGGGCCCCCGUGCGUGCCAUGGGCCGCAUCAUCGCUGUGUACACGCUCGACGAGGACGCCGCAGCUGCCAAGCGCGGGGCGGACGGGCUCAAGCUCGACGUUGCGCUCGUCGACGUCGACAUCGUAGAGAAAGACAAGGAGAAGGAGAGGGUGGCUCCAGAAGUGCGCGAGCCGCCAAGUGGAGAAAAGGACGACGGGUAUUUCAGCCACUCGCGCAAGUCGUCCCGCUCGAGUAAACAACACAAAGGCUACAUUCUCCGCGUUUACUCCCUCCCUCCCACCCCCCUCGACUCCGAGACCGACCACCUCCGCCCGCCAGAACACGAGAGAAACUUCCUCAUCUCGCCACCCGGCUCGCCACCUGAGGGGUGGGAGCCCAUCGCUGAGGAUGGGCCCAAUAUGGCGCCCCUCGCCGACGACCUCAAGCGCGCCCUCGAGUCGCUCCAGCUGCAGGCCAAGGGGCGAGACCGUGGCACGGGGCCCGAAGUUAUCAUCGACGGGGGCGGCGUACGCGUCGAAGUGGAGGACACGGACACGGCCGAAACUGAGGUGCCCGAGUGGGGCGAGGAGUACAUUGUCGCUGGCGGAGCCGAUAUGUGGGAGGCGCCGCAUCAGCAUGGCGGGUUGCGCGGGCUUGGCGCUGGCGGAUACACGCCCGCGGGGCGCAUCAUGCCCACUGCGCGCCCGCCGGUGGACGGCGAGUAG